UCAUUACGUGAAUGGAUGGAGCUCUACGCAUCCCGUAACAGUCAAUCUAAUCUGAUAAAAUUGUAACAAUUUAAUGGAAAUGAUAACAGUUGACUGAUGAUGGAGACACUUUGACUAUCAAAACAACAAUAAGCAGGUGUAUUGUCACAGACUUAAUUAAAUCAAAGUGCCACCAUGUUAGUAAUAUCCCGGCCACCGAAUAGGAUGGUAAUAUAAUACAACGAAAAAUAAAUUUUUAUGAGCAAAUCACAAAAUGUCGAAGAUCCUUUGGUACUAAUUGAAGGAUACCCUGGCGACAAAAUGUCUGACGAUUCACAGUUUGAUUUCAGUAAAUGGGAUUUUCCCGAAGAUCGCAUAUGGCUACAUAUUCCCGAAACUGAGAUGAUAAUCAAAAUAUGUACCUUUAUACCGGUUUUGAUUUUUGGCUUGAUUGGCAAUUACAUUAUUAUCCGUUUGAUUGUCAUGAAUCGAGCGUUGCGAACUCCAACCAAUUUGAUUAUAGCCAAUAUGGCAAUGGCCGAUUUAUUAACCUUGCUGAUUUGUCCCACAAUGUUCCUGAUCAAUGAUUUCUAUCAAAAUUAUCUGUUGGGUUCGGUUGGCUGUAAACUGGAAGGUUUUCUGGAGGGUGCUUUUUUGAUAACCGCCGUUCUAAAUCUUUCGGUGGUGAGUUAUGAUCGUUUAACUGCCAUUGUUUUGCCCAGCGAAGCCCGUCUAACAAUGAGAGGUGCCAAAAUAGUGAUUUUCUUCACCUGGCUAGCGGGUAUCCUUAUUGCCUUGCCACUGGCCAUUUACAGAACUUAUAAGGUCCGCCAUUGGAAAAAUUUUACCGAAAUGUAUUGCAAGGAAAAUCCCAAUAUUUUACCCAAAUACUGGUAUGUUCUGAUCACAGUCAUGGUUUGGUUACCCUUGGCCAUAAUGCUGAUUUGUUAUACGGCCAUAUUUUAUAAGUUGGAUCGCUAUGAAAAACGUGUACUGAAUCGUGAACACCCCCUGACAGUAUCGUACAAAAAAACUGUGGCCCGUACACUGUUCAUUAUAACCAUCGUAUUUGUGGUUCUUCGCCUACCCUUUACAAUAUUGGUGAUUAUGCGCGAUAGGAUCGUGGCCAAUACUGAGAGUAUGAUAAAGAGUAGCUUUCGCAUUUUCUGGUAUAUCUCACAGUAUUUGAUGUUUUUAAAUGCCGCCAUCAAUCCGAUCAUUUACGGCUACACCAAUGAUAAUUUUCGAAGGGCCUAUGAGCAAUUGCCGCUGUGUAAAACGUGUUGCAAUAAAAGAACUAAACUACCAAAAGAGAAAAAGGAAAAUGCUUGGUGGAAAUCCGUCAAGAUGUGGUUGCAUAAAAAUCUAUGCUGUCUUAAAUAUAAAAAUGAUUUUGCCGGUAGUCUGCAGAAUGAAAAUUUGAACAUGGCUUUCAGUAAUAAUGGUUUCGAGGAAGAAAAGGUAGUCGAAAGUCAACCGAAAGGUUCUAACAAUGCAUUGGAAAUUGGAGAACAUAUGUAAUAAAAUACAGAAUAUUUACUUGCUUAUAUAUUUUAUAUAUUAAAAUACAUAAUCAUCAA